UCAAGUUGCAAGUGAAAGGCAGAGAAGCACAAGUUUGGCCGGUUGGUCAAUAGCACUGGGUCCAAACUCGAGAUUUGCUGGUGGUUGAGGUUGGUGGGGAUUCUUUAAGAGCCGGAGCGAAUGGGUCAUCCAUACAAGUUAGGCUUUGAACAAAUUAUAUCACAUGGACACCAGAAAGAACGGACCAAAAACCAGAGGAUUGACUUGUGGUUGAGAUUCCUCUCCAAUUCCUGCUCUAGUUCAUUCCCAGGAUAGUAGGAGAAAGCGAAAGCGAUGACUGAAAACCAAACCCAUGAGAAGCCCAGGAUUCUGUGCCUCCACGGGUUCAGAACGAGCGCUAAGAUCCUCGAGACGCAGAUCCAUAAAUGGCCCGAAUCUGUCCUGGAGAAGCUGGAUCUGGUGUACCUCGACGCCCCAUACCCGUCCACGGGCCAGUCCGGCGUGGAGGGCAUCUUCGAUCCGCCCUACUUCGAGUGGUUCCAAGCCAAUCAGGAUUUUACGGAGUACGAGAACUUUGAAGAGUGCAUCGCUCUCAUUGAAGAUUUCAUGGUGAAGAACGGUCCCUUUGAUGGUUUACUGGGUUUUUCCCAGGGAGCUAUGCUAGCUGCAACAUUGCCAGGAAUGCAGGCAGAGGGAUUGGUACUCACGAAGGUGCCCAAGAUCAAGUUUCUGAUUCUAAUUGCUGGGGCUAAGCUCGGCGGAUCAACAUACGGUGCGCCUCCACUAGCAGCUAAUGCGUUUUCCUCUCCUGUCAAGUGCCCUUCUCUUCAUGUUAUAGGCGAGAAUGAUUUCCUGAAGCCGGAGUCGAUUGCUCAGCUCGAUUUGUUCGUGGAUCCGAUCGUCCUCCAUCACCCGAAGGGCCACACAAUCCCCAGACUCGAUGAUCAAAGCCUCGGGAUCGUUAACAAUUUCAUUGAGAAGAUCCAGAGUCUCGCUACUACAUGAGUCAAUCUUUAUUUGUGAUUUGGCUAUCUUUUUUAAUCUCUGGAAAGCUUGAAGGGCAAGGCAUGGAAAAGUUCGUCUCUUAACAAUUUGCAUAAUUAUGGGGUACCUCCUUCUAUAGACCAAGAAAAAUCUCUCGAGGAUGAGGUAGCGAGGUAGCUUGUAAUUUCCCAAAAAUUUAGUACCACUAAAAGUGCAACACGUUGCUAUAAGCUCUAUUGGUAAUUAUGGUGCUAGCAAGAUUACAUGAACUGGGUGUUUUUCGCUAUAAGAUCUAUAUGUUGUAUGCCA